AAUAAAAGUAAUGUCAUCAAUCAUACUAUUAAAUGGAACUGAUUGUUAGUGAGUAUUCUGAUGAUUCCGAUUAAUAUAUCUUCAUUUCAUGCCAUUGUUCAUAGUUCGUUGCCUUAAUGUUCCUGUUAGCUGUGUUUAGUUUUCAAUAAUCCUUUGGAUGAUUAAAGCGUAUAAUCUUUUAUUAAGUUUAUCACCUGGAAAAGCCGCGAAAAUAAUAUCAACUCGCUCAUUUACAUCUCCAAACACGGUAUGUCAAGCAAAACCUUAUAAUCAAAUUCCCGGUCCUAAGCCCAUGCCCUUAAUAGGGAAUACUUGGCGUUAUUUACCUUAUAUCGGCGAAUAUGAUAUUGAAAAAACACCAGAAAAUUGUGAGGCCAAUUUAAAGAAAUAUGGUCCAUUGGUUCGAGAAGUACUUUUUGGAAAAUUCAGUAUCCUUCAUGUCUUUGAUCCUUCUGACAUGGACUCAGUUUUUCGCAAUGAAGGGAAAUAUCCUUAUCGUCGUUCACACCGAGCACUUUGCAAAUACCGUCAUGAUAGACCUCAUAUUUAUUCAUCUGGUGGAAUGUUCACUGAAAAUGGAGAUGCUUGGUAUCGAUCUAGGAAGCUUGUGCAGUCAAUGUUACUUAAUCAAUCCCAGAUAAAUCAAUUUAUUCCUGAAAUUAGUUUGACAGCUGACCAAUUAAUAUCUAAUAUACUUGAAAUUAGAAGUCUCUCCGGUUCAGUUGAAAAUUUAAUGCCGCAUCUCUACAGGUGGGCUCUAGAAACCAAUGGACGAGUAUUUGUUGGUCAACAACUUGGAUGUCUGAAUCUCAAAGGAACAAGUGAAAGUGAAGCUUUAUUUGGCGCAAUUCAUGAGACUCAUGAGGCAAUUAUGGCUACUGAAUUGGCAGCAACUAACCUGUGGCAAUAUUUUCCAACCUCUGACUAUAAAAGGUUGGUUAAAUCGCAGGAUGUCAUGGGUGAUAUAAUAUCUAAAUUCAUUGAAAACAUUGAUCACAAUUCAACUUCUAUUCAUGGAGCCAAAUCUAUUGUGUCUCAAUUGUUUAAUCAACCCGAAGCUACAAAAAAAGAUAUUUUUACAAUAAUAAUGGAUUUGUUCUUGGCUGCUUUCGAUACAACCUCAUUUGUCGUCGCUUUUGCUCUCUAUCAUCUUUCAUGUAACCAGAAAUGUCAAGAUCAAGUUCGCAAAGAAUUAUUUGAAAUAUUCCCGAAUGGCAAAGAACCUAUUUCCGUUGAAAGUCUUCAACAAAUGAAAUAUUUAAAGGCCUGUGUUAAAGAAUCAAUGAGAAUCAAUCCUUUUUCAAUUGGAACUGGAAGAGUUACAACUCGAGAUAUGACAAUUAGAGGUUUUCAUAUACCAACUGGAACCAUGAUAAUUGUUCAAAAUCAAGUGGCUUGUAUGCAGGAAUCAAACUUUCCUCGACCUAAUGAGUUUAUCCCUGAAAGGUGGUUAACUUUGGAACGAGGAAACUGGCCAAAAGCGUCACCAUUUGCUAUGCUUCCUUUCGGUUAUGGAGCUAGAAUGUGCAUAGGAAGACGUUUAUCUGAAUUAGAACUUUACAUUUUAAUUGCCAAAAUUUUAAGGAAUUUUCGCGUUGAAUUUGAUGAUGAUGAGCCAUUCCGAGCUAAAACUCGUUUCAUAAACGUUCCAGUUGGUCCUUUAAAGUUACGAUUUAUUGACAUUUCAAACUAACUUAAUGAAGUUUACAUUUUAAUUUUUUACCUGAAUCAUUGGAUUUUAAAGUAUCUUGCUGUUAAAAUUUUUAUCGUAAUCUUUUUUUAUU